GGCCCCGCGCCGGGUCAAAUUUGCGCGGGUGGGUCUGGGCGGCUGUGGCGGAGUUAUGGCGGCUUUUCGCGACAUGGAGGAGCUGAGCCAGGGGCUGCUGAGCCUGCUGAGCGUCAACCGCGCCGAGGCGCAGCAACGGCGGCUGCUCGGGCGUCACGAGCAGGUGUUGGGGCGGCUGCUGGAGACGCAGGACGGCGCCGAGCGGCGGCUGAAAGAGAUCCUCACCAUGGAGAAAGAAGUAGCUGAGAACCUUCUGGAGGCCAAGGAGAGGGCGAGCCAGGGGGGCGUGGAGUUGCAGCAGCUUGAAGCUGAGCUUCAGAAGGCCAAAGAGGAGGACGCCCGCCUGAAGACAGGCCUCCUGCACCUCUCCAGGGAGCUGCAGGAGCUGAAGGAGCUAGAGGCCGACCUCCAGAGACAAGAGAGGGAGGUUGACGAGGACACGACGGUCACCAUCCCUUCAGCUGUAUACGUGGCUCAGCUUUACCGCCGGAUUAGCCAGAUUGAGUGGGAUUACGAGUGUGAGCCGGGGCUCAUCAAAGGCAUCCACCACGGCCCCCGCGUGGCCCAGCCCAUCCACCUGGACAGCACCCAGCUCUCCCAGAAGUUCAUCAGCGACUACCUCUGGAGCCUGGUGGACACGGAGUGGCAGCCGUGAGCCGUGUGGACGCCGUGUUCUUGCACCUGGGAG